AUAUGAAUAGAUUAAAAAAGUUUGCAUUUAGUAAAAAGUUAAAUAAAAUAAUUCAAACAGAAGCUGAACGUGAGAGAAUUAGGAAAUAAGUAGGAGAAUCAGGAACAUUUGAAGAGAAUGGCAAAGCUUAUUACUAUAGAGAUGGUAAAAUAAAUAAACUUGAUUACUUAAAGAGAGAAGAAUUAAAAAUGCAAGCAAAACUUGAUUCAUAUAUUGAAGAUAAAGAGACUAAAUAAUAAUUACCAUUUAUAAUAAUUAGUACAAGUAAUAAAGUUUAAUAAAUUUAACUUUAGUUUUGGCAGUCUUUUUAGGAUCUAUAUUUAUAAGAUCUUUAAAGAAACCUGAAAAAAAAAAUGAAAUAGAAGAUAAUUCAAAUUAUGAAGCAAAUUAUCAAUAAGCAGUAAAAGAAUAGGAAGAAUAUGAUGAGAAAAUAAAAGAAGAAAAGCUUAAAAAGUUUAGAGAGUAGGAAAAUAGUGAUAUGGAAAUCGACAAGAAAAAAAGAGAUUUUAAAUGAGUAUAUAAUUUUA